AUGUCCCGCUGCGGCCCCUGCGCGCUGCUCCUCGCCCUGGGCAGCCUGAGCGCUGCACAGCCCCGGGACCGGCAGGGUUAUUUGAUUGCAGCACCUUCUGUUUUCCGAGCUGGUGUGGAGGAAGCCAUCAGUGUGACCAUCUUCAACUCUGCCAAGGAGACAACAGUCCAGAUCCAGCUGGUGGUGAAAGGAGAAACUGUGUCCCAGAGCCAGGGAACAGUUCUGGAUAAAGGAACAAUUAAACUGAAGGUGCCCUCAGGGCUUCGUGGACAAGCCCACCUGAAAGUCUGGGGCAACAGGCACCUGGCAGGGGAAGGGUACAUCUUCCACAACUACACCACAGUCACCAUCGACAGCAAAGGGUCCUCAGUGUUCAUCCAGACUGACAAACCUGUCUAUAAACCCAAGCAGAAAGUGUUGAUAAACCUCUUUAUGGUGAAUUCUGACCUGAGACCGGUCAAUGACAAGAUUGAAGCUUAUGUGGUGGAUCCUCGGGGGUCCCGGAUGAUCGAGUGGAGCAAUCUGAAGCCGUUCUGUUGUGGUAUUGUCAACAUGACUUUCCCCCUGUCCGACCAGCCGGUGUUCGGGGACUGGCUCAUCUUCGCUGAGCUGCAGGGACACACCUACAACAAAUCCUUUGAAGUUCAGAAAUACGUGUUACCAAAGUUCGAGCUGCUCAUCGACCCCCCUCGCUACAUUCGGGACCUCUCACUGUGUGAGAAAGGAACUGUCCAUGCCAGAUACACAUUUGGGAAACCAGUGACAGGGAAGUUAAUUGUCAACAUGACUAUAAAUGGUGUGGGGUACUACAGGCAUGAAGUGGGACACCCUGUCCUCAAGACCACCCAGAUCGAUGGCUCGGCUGCUUUCGACGUGUGUGUCAAGGACAUGAUGCCAGCCGAUGUCCCAGAGCAUUUCCGAGGCACUGUCAACAUCUGGGCCACCCUGAUUAGCUCUGAUGGCAGCAAACAGGUCACAUUUGAUGACUCAACACCUGUCCAGAAGCAGCUGAUUGAUAUCAAGUACUCCAAGGACACCAGAAAGCAGUUCAAACCUGGGCUGCCCUACAAAGGGAAGGUGGAAGUCACUUACCCCGAUGGAAGCCCAGCUGACGGGGUCACCAUCCGAAUCAAAGCUGAGCUCACACCCAAGGACAACGUUUACACCAGUGAGCUGGUGUCAAGGAAUGGCCUGGUGGAGUUUGAAAUCCCCUCCAUCCCCACAGCUGCCCAAUAUGUCUGGCUGGAGACCAAAGUGACAGGAAUUGAUGGGAAACCCUCAGGGGAUCAAUAUCUGCCCAACUACUUGUCCAUCAGCAGCUGGUACUCGCCCAGCAAGUGCCACAUCCAGCUCCAGGCACCAGACAAACCUUUCCAGGUGGGAGAGGAGGCUUGGAUUGCAGUGAAGUCCACCUGUCCCUGCAACUUCACCCUGCAUUACGAGGUGGCAUCACGAGGCAACAUCGUCCUCUCGGGGCUCCAGCCCAGCAACGUCACCCAGCAGAGGAGCAAAAGAGCCACCUCCCCCUCUGGGAAGAACACUGGCAUCACACACUUCCCAGGAACAGCACCCACCAGCCCUCCUGCAGCAGAGGUUGAGGUGUGUGUGACGUUCCUGAGGUUCUCGGUCCUUCACUCCAUGGCUCCCUUGGGCCAUCUCCUGGUGUACUACGUGAGGGAGAACGGAGAGGGGGUCACAGACAGCCUGCAGUUCACGGUCAACUCCUCCUUUGAGAACCAGGUUGCUGUGGCGCUCUCGGCAAACGAGACCAGACGGGACGUCGUCAACAUCAAGGUCAGAGCUGCCAAAUCCAGCUGUGUCUGCAUUGCCACCGUGGACAAGAGCGUGUACCUGCUGAAGACGGGCUUCCAGCUGACAGCCAGCCAGGUCUUCCAGGAGCUGGCAGAGUACGACGUGUCCGAUGCUUUCGGGGCUCCGAAGGAGGACGGGCACUUCUGGUGGCCGGGCAUGUCCUCCCGGCGGCGCCGCCGCUCUUCGGUCUUCCCCUGGCACUGGGACAUCACCAAGGACGCUCGCUUCGCCUUCACAGAAACCGGUUUGGUGGUGAUGACUGACAUAGUCAGCCUGAACCACAGGCAGAACGGGGGAAUGUACACAGAUGAGGCUGUGCCAGCCUUCCAGCCACACACUGGGACCUUGGUGGCCACAAUGCACUCUAAAAUAACACCAAGCAGGGCAGAGAAGAGAAAGAGAACCUUCUUUCCUGAGACGUGGAUUUGGCAUUGCCUCAACGUCAGUGACACCUCGGGAGAAGCCCAGCUGAGCGUGGAAGUGCCCGACUCCAUCACCACCUGGAUCACCGAGGCCGUGGCUCUGUCUGAGGAGAAGGGGUUGGGCAUUGCCAGGCAGACAGAGCUGAAGACCUUCAAGCCUUUCUUCAUCGACUUCACCCUGCCCUACCACGUCAUCCGCGGGGAGCAGACCAAAAUCCCCCUCACCGUCUACAACUACCUGGCUGUGUGUGUGGAGGUCCACGUGAAGAUUUCUGUCCCAAAAGGUAUCAAGUUUGUUGGGCAUCCUGGGAAGCACCACCUGACCAGAAAGAAAUGCGUUGCCCCCGGGGAAGCCAAACCCACCUCUAUCGUUCUCUCCUUCAACGAGCUGGGACUGAGCAACAUCACGGCAAAAGCUUUUGCUUAUGGUGGGACUAAUUGCUGUCAGGAGGGGAUGCAGAGCUUAAAGAACGGCAAACACUCUGAGGAUGCUUUCCUGGACAAGAGAACCCCAGUGGGAGUGGAUUAUGUUCGUAGCAGUGUCAUUAUCGAGCCAGAGGGACUGUCCAGAGAAUACACCUACAGUGUGUUCUUCUGCCCAAAUGAGAAAAUCCACAUCUCCACCCCUAACAAAUAUGAGUACCAGUACAUGCAGAAACCUGCCCAGAUGAGCCACUUUGACAUUGCUGUGAAGGCCCACAACGAUGCUCACCUGGCCUUGUCCUCGGGGCCCCACGACAUGGCAGAGAUGACCGAGAUUGUUAUUGGGGGGCAUCAAAACAGCAAAACUUGGAUUUCCACCAGCAAAAUGGGCGAGCCCGUGGCCAGCAGGGACACACCUGGGAUCCUCUCCUGGGAUGAGUUCCGCAGCUUCUGGAUCAGCUGGAAAAACGGAGUCAUCCAGGUUGGCCACGGUACUCGGGUGCUAAAUGAGUCAAUUAUUGUGGAGUGGACAGUCCCCAGACGGCUCGAGGUGAAGUACAUUGGCUUUUCCACAGGCUGGGGGUCAAUGGGAGAGUUUAAAAUUUGGAGGAAAGAAGAGACUGAUGAGAAUCACAAUGAAGCAUUUACUCUUGGAGUUCCCCACAACAUAAUUCCAGGAUCAGAAAGAGCUACGGCUUCAAUCAUAGGAGACGUGAUGGGUCCUACUCUGAACAACCUGGACAGGCUCCUGCGCUUGCCCUUUGGCUGUGGGGAGCAGAACAUGAUCCACUUUGCUCCCAACGUCUUUGUCCUGAAGUACCUGCAGAAAACCAAACAGCUCAGUCAGGAGGUGGAGAUCGAAGCCACCGAUUACCUUGUGCAAGGCUACCAACGCCAGCUGACCUACAGGAGACAGGACGGCUCCUACAGCGCUUUUGGGGAGAGGGAUUCCUCAGGAAGCAUGUGGCUCACAGCUUUCGUCCUCAAGUCCUUUGCUCAGUCCCGUGGGUUUAUUUUCAUCGACCCCAAAGAACUGACAGCUGCCAAAGACUGGAUCAUCCAGCACCAGAAAGAAGAUGGUUCUUUUCCUGCUAUGGGCAGGAUACUAAAUAAAGACAUCCAGGGGGGAAUCCAUGGCAAGAUCUCCCUCACAGCUUAUGUGGUUGCAUCUCUUCUGGAAACAGGUGUCACCUCUGAGGAAGAAAGAACAGCAGUUGACAAAGCAAAGCACUUCUUGGAGUCCAACCUGUACUCAGCAGAAGACCCCUACACCACUGCCCUGACUGCCUACGCCCUGACCCUGCUGCACAGCCCGUCGGCGGCGGUGACGCUGCGCAGGAUGAACAGCAUGGCCAUCACCCAAGAUGGCUUUACACACUGGAGCCUCACAGGAACCCUGGUCACUGAUGAAGACACUUUCAUGGGAUUUAACGAUGGACUCUCUCAAUCAGUUGUCUCUGCAGAGGUAGAAAUGACAUCCUAUGCCCUCCUGACCUACACACUCCUGGGAGACGUGGCCUCUGCACUCCCUGUGGUAAAAUGGCUUUCACAGCAAAGGAAUGCCCUGGGAGGAUUCUCAUCUACUCAGGACACCUGUGUGGCCCUGCAGGCUCUGGCUGAAUAUGCCAUCCUUUCUUAUGUUGGAGGAGUCAACCUGACCAUUUCCUUGGCUUCUACUAACCUAGACUACCAGGAGACAUUUGAGCUCAACAAGAUGAAUAAAAAAGUCCUCCAGACUGCAGUGAUCCCCAGCAUUCCCACAGGGCUGUUCGUGAGUGCCAAAGGUGAAGGCUGCUGUCUGAUGCAGAUUGACGUCACUUACAACGUCCCCGACCCCAUCGCCAAGCCAGCUUUCCAGCUGCUGGUCAACCUCAAGGAGCCAAAGUCAGAGCAGCACCUGCAGGCCCCCAACCCCCUGAACUCGGGCUCUGCGGACGAGAAUCGCUCCGAGGCCUCGCACAGGGACAGGGCCCUGGGGGACGACGAUGACCCGGCGUCGGACCAGGACCACCGGGAGUACAAAGUCAUCCUGGAGACCUGCACCAGAUGGCUGCACUCUGGAUCCUCCAACAUGGCUGUUUUGGAAGUGCCCUUGUUCUCAGGUUUUCGGGCAGACAUCGAGAGCCUGGAGCAGUUAUUGAUGAACAAGCAAAUUGGAUUAAAAAGAUAUGAAGUGGAUGGAAGAAAAGUCCUGUUUUAUUUUGAUGAGAUCCCCAGCCAGUGCAUGACCUGUGUCAAGUUCCAGGCUUUCAGGGAGCACAUAGUCGGGAAAACAGCUCCCGUUCCCAUCAAAGUGUACGAUUACUACGAGCCAGCUUUUGAAGCCACUCGUUUCUACAACGUGAGUGAGAACAGUCCCUUGGCUCGGGAGCUCUGCGAUGGCCCGACCUGCAAUGAGGUGGAAAGCUCAGCCAGCCAGUGGGUUGGCUUUGCUCACUCUGGGCCUUGCCACAACGUUUUGGGCUGCUGGGAGGACGAGUACUUCGAGCAGUGCCUGUGCUCGCGCGACUGCGGCUACGACGGGGAGCCCGUGUGCGGAUCGGACGGACACAUCUACCCCAACCACUGCCAGAUGGAAGUGGCCUCCUGCAGGAACAACACCAGGAUAGAGCAGAUGCCCAUGUCUCAGUGUUCUGCCUCCAAGAAUUUGCCAGAAGAAAGGGAGACACAUUCCCACACAGCUGAGCAGCCCAGUGUUGCACAGACCCCAGCAGCUGAGGAGGGGCCCCCUCUCCACACAGACCUGUCCUACUACUCCUACGAGUACGACCCCGACCCCUUUGCUGCAGAACCCGACGGGUUUGAGGGGGUGGCAGAGCUGACAACAGGGAGCACCUUCAGAGGAGGGGACGGGAUCCAGGGAGAGGCGACCACGGCAGAAUGAAAUCCGCCAUUUACACCGAGAGAAGAGGCUCAGAAUCAACCCCUGGAUGAGCUGGUUCCUCCAGAAGACCUGCUGCAGAACACAAACUGAACGAUGAAACGAUGACUACUUGCUGACGCCCUCGGAACUGUCGGCUUCGCUGCCCCGCGGGGCGGAUCUGCAGCUCCGAGGGGGACGCUCAGCGUGAUUUUCCUGUCGGUUUUUCCUGCCUUUUGUGCAUUCUCCUUGGAGCCCUUCCAGUGAUGGGAGACCAGUGUGUUGUGCCCUCUAGGUGAGAAAAAUAGGGGCUGGAAUUCAAACCCAUAGAGCAUUGUCCAAGUGUUUUCUCUGCUGUCAGGAUAUACUGCAAGUGCCAUUUCCUAGAUACAUUUAGGAGCUAAGUCCAGGCCUUGUGCUUAGCUGAACUGCUGUUUUUGAGGAAAGAUGGCUGAGAAGUCUUUUUGCUCAAAUUAUAAUAAUAAAAAUCAGUGUGUUUUGCUAAUUAUGACAAUAGCAAGAGGCUAAUCGUCUCCCCCAGCCUGUAAGUCUGCUGCAUCCACAAAAGAGACACUUCCCUGUGGCUCCACCUUCAGAGAAGCUGUUGGGAAGUACAUUUUACCAGAGAAAACUGCAAUCCACUGCCAGGGCUGAAAGGCUUUGUGUCUGCAGGCCUCAGGUGGGAGUUUUCCAGUUCCAGCAGUGACAAGGAUUGGGUGGUGGAACCCUCUUUGUGUUGCACUAUGUGCUGUUAGAGGCUGCCUGCAGCCUUCUCAGCCCUUUCCUCCUCCAACCAGGGCAUGAAAAUGAAGCUGAGCAAGGCACAGUCCUUUUAAAAUGCUUGCCUGACUUCGCCAAUCCCUUUUAUUCUGCUCCCACUGGGAUCCAGCACGGUGGUUGUUCUGCUCAUGGUACUCCCUGCCCAGCCCAGGGUCUGCUGGCCAGGACCAAUCCCUGGGCUCCCAGGCUGGACUCCCUCGGUCUGACCUGCCCCAAGCAACGUGGAAAAAAAACCUCAAAACAAAAGCUUGGUGUUUUCCAAAAGUGGAGGAGGCCAAGAUUUUUUUCAUUCCCCUUCCUGCCUGGAGCAGCAUCGUUCUCUUUGGAGGAGUUACAUGCAAUUCAUUGCCUCUUGCAAAAUAGUGUUAAUAUUUUAUCUUCCCACUUCUAUUGUUACCAGGACCCGGAGCAGGGUGGAAACUCCUUUUGAGGGUUGUUUAUUGGUGAAUGGAAACAGAAAAAAAGCCCUGCUCCAUUCAUUUUUAGGGCUUGUUUACACAGGAGCCAAUGACAAGAAUAUUACCCCAGUAUAGACAUUCCUUUCCAGAAUAAAGGCAAGUUUAUCCCAGAAAAAUGUCCACAUGGGGACAAACCAGGAGGCAUCCCAGAGGUCGGGCAUGUGUAGUUGCCAGUCUUUUUUUUUUUCUGUCUGGGGCCAGACAUUUGCAGAAUGCAGCUGACAUGAGGAAGGUCUGGGUCUUGAAGUUCCCAGAAAUUCCAGAGCUGCUUUGUUGGCAAGUUUUCCAGCCUUCUCCUCGCAGGAUCUUGCCGUGGCUGCAGCUCUGAGUGCCCACUGCUGCCCUGCUGAUAGUUUGCCACGUGUCCUGGCUCUGCAGAGGGGGCAGAUCUGCCCUCCCCCGUGUCUGCACAGCACAGGGGAAGCACUGGCUGCAUUUCUGCCUGGCAGGUAAAUAAAUAAAUACCUUCAAACUCAAUUCCACCUCCUGUAAGCAGCUGGCCUGGUAGACACUGGCUAUUGUGUACACACACAGGGCUGAGUCAAUAUUUAUCCCCUGGGUAAAUAACAGAUCUACUGUGAGCUGCAACAUUUGGAUUUUUUUUAAAUUUUUUAAUUUUUUUUUCCUUUUCUAAAUCUCAAAGCUGCACAAUACAAACCCUGCUCUUUGCUGGUUCAGGCUUCAGCUGUUUGGUGCUGUGAGUGUGGGAGGAUGAGACAGUCACCCUGAUGCUGUCUGUGACUGGCUUCCCCUAAAAAUGAGAUCUCUCUUCUGGAUGCUUCAGUCUCCUGUCCUCAGUCCCUUUCUGGCUGCACUUUCCUGCUCUCACCCAUUGUGUAUCUUUGGAUAUCCACUGAGGGAGAUUUGAAAUCUUUUUCCACUGCUUGGUCCUCUCCCAGGUCCUUGGGCAGUCAGGCCUCCCCCUUGGGGACGAGGAGGUGAAGGUGGGGAGUCUCAGCCAAGCAUUAAACCUGACUUUCUCCCCUUUCCUCAGGCCCUGGCACAUGGAAUGUCCUAAUUCCAGAUUCAGACAUCUCCCUGUCGCUGCCAGGUAAAUAAUUCCAGCUGGUGGUGCCAGCCCAUCAAUCGUAGCCCUGUGUGAGGGAUCUGUGUGUACCUGAGGCACAGGAGUCCUGCUCCUGUUUUCCCAUUCCAAGCAAAGCCAUGGAGA